CAUGUCGCGCCUGCGCGCUGCCCGCCCGGGGCGGGCUGUGCAACAUGGCGCCGGGGCCGGCUCGCACCGCGGCUGAGGAGUACCGGCCCAACCGCUACGUCUCGUUGCCGGCCGAGCUCGACCCUGCCACCUACGACGCGUCGCCGGAGAAGCGCCGUGCCGAGGCCGAGCGCUUGGCCAUCCGGGCCCGGCUCAAGCGGCAGUACCUGCUGCAGCUGAACAACCCGAAGCCGCCGGCCGUCAUCGAAGAUCCUGCCUUGCUCCGCUGGGACUAUGCCAGGACGCACAACGUGUACCCAAAUUUCCGCCCGACGCCCAAGACGUCCUUCCUAGGAGCUGUAUUUGCGAUAGGCCCUAUCCUCUUCUGGAUGGCCACCUUUAAAACUGAGAGGGACUAUAAAGAGAAGCUUAUCCGAGAAGGUAAAUACGAGCGACCAUUCAGUGUUUUUUAAGUUGCUGGAAUCACAGUGCUGCUCUUGAGACAGAAGUAAAUAAGAUGUAUUGUAUGCUGAUGCUUCUCCAUCAGAAGAAUAAAUCUUAAUUACUCCUCA